UCACAAACAAUUUUAAGUGUUUCCAACAACAAAAAAAAUCGGCCCCCUAAAUUGGGUACAAAUUUGAACGUGGAAUUGUCUUUGUUUUUAACAUUUUGUGUGUGUGUCGUUUAAUUAAUAGCUUUGCAAAGGUUUCUUGUGUGGAGAAGCCUAAAAAUGUCUUGCUAUUUCCGCCAGAAUUCCGACUGUGAAAUAACAGUGCCCAAGUUUAAUGAAUCAGCUACGGGCAUUAUCUAUUACGACAUUAGGGUGCGGGUAGCCCAGGUCGAUUGGCUGGUUGAGCGUAGAUAUAAGGAUUUUGAUCAGCUCAAUGAAAAGUUGGUGGAGGAAAUCAGCAUAUCAAAAAAGCUAUUGCCACCGAAAAAAAUUGUGGGCAAUAAAAAUCCUGCCUUUCUCGAACAAAGACGUGAGCAAUUAGAAAAAUAUCUCAAGGAAUUGCUGGUCUUCUUUCGCAUACAACUGCCCCGGGUAUUGGCGGAAUUUCUAGACUUUAACAAAUACGAUAUUAUAUAUUUACUGCAAGAUCUAGCCAAACUAAGCAAUGAAAGUGGUGAUGCUUUAUUAAGUGCCAACAAGGAAUAUCAUUUUUCAGCUUUAGAGGUUUAUGCCAUCAGUGAACGUUUAAAUUUACCCUGUCCCCCCGAGAGCAUAGAACAAAGGGGAAAAUAUGAUUUCUCUCAUGUGCUUGACUUUUGCACGCAACUGGAGGUUAUUAAGGUGACGCCAGUGAAAAAUAAUGAUUCAUUUGCUAGCGAUUAUAAUGCUGUAGAUGUGCCCAUUGGUCGUAGUAAUAUAAUACCCAAAACUCUUAAAUUCAAUUUAAAUGCUUUUCGUAAUCUCCAAUGCUUAAAGAUUUUCGCCUUGCCUACGGAAAAUAUUAUAGAUAUUGGUUUGUUAAAACCAACUCUGCAAAAGAUAUGUGUUCACAAUACCACCAUAACUUCCAUUAAUCAAGUUCUACUGUGCGACAAUGUGCACAAGAAUGCCAGCAUAGACAUUCCCUCAGGCGAAGCCAUAGCUUUAAAUAGAUCAACUUCCACCACGAAUGGAGGUUUUCCCAUAACAUCUACUUCUCCGCUGUGGCGUAACAUGGUGGAAUUGAAUUUGUCGGGUAAUCUAUUGACUCAGAUCGAUGAAAGUAUUAGAACAGUGCCACAAAUUAGAGUACUUAACUUGGAACAGAAUCGUUUGCGUGCCAUUAAAAAUCUGGCCGAAUUGCCACAUUUGCAGGUAUUAAAUCUCUCUGUAAAUAUUAUAGCUGAGUGUGUGGAUUGGCAUUUGGAAUUGGGUAAUUUGGUUACGUUAAAUUUGGCUCAAAAUAAAUUGAAAUCCAUGAAGGGUCUACGCAAAUUGCUGUCCUUAAUUAAUUUGGAUUUAAGCUGUAAUCUCAUAGAUGAUUUAGAGGAAGUGGAUAAUGUGGCCUGUUUGCCUUUGCUGGAAACUUUAAGAUUAACCGGCAAUCCUUUGGCCAGCAGUGUGGAUUAUCGCCCUCGUGUCUUGGCUAGAUUCCAUGAUAGAGCUGGCGAAAUUGUUUUGGAUAGUGAAAAGGGUACUCAUAAAGAAUUGGAUACAGCUUUGGUAUUGUCAGCUUUGCAUACCUCACGCAUGAGACAGAAAUCAUCUCAACAAUAACGUUAGGUUAGUUUUUUUCCAGGAUUAUUUAAUAUAGUAUGUAGAAAUUUAUAAAACAGACAGCUAAAAUUCCAGAAUCUUAAUAAUCUAACUUUUAUAGAUCAUAAACUCUUGCAAAUUUUAAAAUUUUAUGUUUUUAAACUUUUAUGUGUCAUUAUGGAUGGCAAACGAACUUCAUUUGCAUUGUUAAAGGGCAACCACAAAUUUUUGGUUGCCAUUUGGCAACAUAAAAUUAUGCAGCCAGUUGUCAUCUGUAAGACCCCUUUCACACUAGGCAAUUUAGUUGCGCAAGUCUCUUGCCCAACAACAAAACAGCAUGCAAAAAUUACUUCUGCUUAACCUAGGGCAUCUACAAACACAAGAGACUUGCGCAACUUAAUUGCCUAGUGUGAAAGGGGUCUACUACCAUUUAGGCAACUGGCAACGCAACUAAAGUUCGAUUGCCAUCCAUUUAAGUUUUUGUCGAUGUUUUUGUUAAACUUUUAACAUUUUUGUUACUUUUAUUGAGAAUAAAAAUUAAUUGCUGCUUUAAUUUACUUUUUUAUUUAGAAAAUCCUUUUAAACAAAGGAUUUUUCUUUAUAAAAAGUAAAUUUAUAAUGGCUACACAUAUAUUUUAUUGAGAACAAAAAUCUUGAUUGCUUUUGUUAACUGGUUUCAGCAAAACUCUGCAAAAAAUAAGAAUUAUUAAUUGGUUUAAAAACUAUUUUUUAUUCUAAAUAUACUAUUUAUAAUAUUCAAUCAUAAUUUUAUAGUAAUUUUAAUAUUGUUUAAAGAAAUAUAUUGUAGUAUGUGUUUUUAUUUUGUAAACGUUCAUUUAAAGUAUUAAAUAUUUCAGUUUACUUGACAAGUGGACAAAACUUUUUUAGGUUUUAUAUUACUACCACUUUUACAAAUUUCUUUUAUUUUAAUGUUUGUGCUUGUAUAUUUCUUAAUAUGUUAGCUUUUACUGUCUCAAAUUUUCAAGUAUUUUCUUUUAUUUUUUAACAAAUACAGAUUUUAAUUUAAAUGGUAUUUUAAUGUUUAAAAGUUAUUGUAUUUUUAAUUUUAAAACAUUUAGUACUUUUAGUGUUAGUUUUAUUAUAAUUCUCCUGGUUAAGGGUUUAAGAAAAUGUGCAAAUAUUUUCUGUUUAUAUAAUUAUAUAAUUUAUAUGUAUAAGAAAUUGUCUUAUAAGAUUUUAAUAAAACAACAAAAAAAGUGGCUGAUAUUUAAAA